AUGUUGGUGGCGAUGAACGUGAAGAACGAGAUCGACGACUUUAUGGCUUGGGAGGCUGCUGGCAACGAAGAAACAACUUUGACUUGCGCUCAGUUAUUCCUUUCACCGAAGGCACUUCUGUGGAGUGCUCUAUGUAUUGCUCUUCUGAAUAUCGUUUCACUGGUUGUUAGUUACUUCAUGUUAUUCUUUUUGAAGUAUUAUUGA